AUGGAUCUCCAGCAGGCCAGAUACUGGGGAAACCAAAGCACUGUGAAUGGAUUUGUCUUGCUGGGGUAUCAUAAGUAUCCUGCCCUGCUAUUCACAGCUUUCCUUGCCAUCUACCUUACUAUUCUAUUAGGAAAUGGUCUGAUUGUAUUGGUGACCACCAUGGACCCUGCCUUGCAUACUCCCAUGUACUUCUUCCUCCGCAGUCUAUCUGGAUUGGAAAUGUGUUACACCUCAGUCACCCUUCCCAAGAUGAUGGCUAGUCUGGCCACUGGGGACCGCUUCAUUUCCCUAACGGCCUGUGCAUCCCAGAUGUUCAUCAUGCUUUUCCUAGGUGGGGCUGAGUGCUUCCUGCUGGCAGCCAUGGCCUAUGAUCGCUAUCUCGCCAUCUGCUUGCCACUGCGCUAUAUGACCAUCAUGAACCAAAGAAUGCGGGUAGGAUUGGUAGUAGGUUCAUUUAUCAUCAGUUUCCCAAUGCAGCUGGUGCAAAUUGGGCUCAUCUUCUCACUACCAUUUUGUGAAUCCAACGAGAUGGACCACUUCUUCUGUGACAUCCCACCUAUUCUCAACCUAGCAUGCGCGGACCUCUAUGCUAAUGAAUUGACACUUUAUUUUGAGGAUACAACCUUUGUCUUGAUUCCAUUUGUGCUCAUCCUGUCCUCCUAUGUAUACAUCACAAGGGCUAUACUGCGCAUGCGUUCUGCUACAGGCCGCCAGAAGGCUUUUUCUACUUGUUCCUCUCAUGUGGCUGUGGUGAGUCUUUUCUAUGGCUCUGCAUUAUUUACAUAUGUGCUUCCCAAGACUCCUGACUUCAUGAAAAUUGACAAAUUGCUAUCUCUGUUCUACACAAUUAUCAUUCCUCUUUGCAACCCCCUUAUCUACACUCUGAGGAACAAGGAGGUGAAAGCUGCCCUGAAGAGACUGUUUAAUAAUAAGAGAGCUCUUGAAGUAAGCAUGGCUGAGACCAUUGGUUAA